AUGGGAGGAGAGUGGCGUGCAGAGCGGCUUUUGUGCUCUUCCCAUGGUCGAAGCAGCAGCUGGAAGAUGAACAUGAUGACAAUAAGAGCACUCUGGACAACUAUAAACAACAAGCAACAUUGAAAAGGGAAGAAAAUCAAGCCAGAAAUCAAAAUAUUUUCCAUUUCCUGCAGAAAACCAUACAAAUCUGUUCCUCCUCCAGCAGCUGUUUGACAAAAGAGAGAAAAUUAAGAAAGAAUAAGAUUAUGCAGAACUUAAGGAUAAAUUAAAUGAGAGGGGAUGGGAGAUUAUAAUUCAGCAAAAGAAGGAAACAUCUGGAACUCUGUUGGGAGGAAAAGAUCAAUAGUAAAGCCACAUAGAAGAGACAGUAAUUCAGGCCUCUCCAUCUGAGGAAGAAAACGGCUUGAAUGAAAGCACCCUUAAACAAGGCAUUGUUCAUAUUUUUUACUUCCUCAAGAAUAUCAGUGGUGCAAAAGCUUCAUAAAUUUGCCUAUUGUGGGAAAAGCACACUUUGCAAAUCACAGCUGAUUAUGCACAAGAGGAGACGGAAAGCCACACAAAUUACCUGAAUGUGACAAAAACUAGGGUCACAAAAGCUCCCUUGUUGUUCAUGGAAGCACCUCCACAAAGGAGGGAAGCCACAAAAGUGCUCCCAAUGUGGUAAAUGCUUUAGUGAGCAUGGCAACAUGGUGCUACAUCAGAUAACUCACAGGAGGGAGAAAACAUAUGACUGUGCAGAUUGUGUGAAAGUUUCAUUAGAAAUUCCCAGGUCUUGAGACACUAAAGGACGCAAACAAAGGAAUAAAACCAUUUGAACAUCCUUUGUGUGGGAAAAGUUUCAGUGAAUUCCUUCCUGGUGAAGCACCUGAGGACUCCCACAAAAGAGAAACCCUUUGAAUGUCCUGAUUGUGGAAAAAAUAUAGUCACAAUUUGGGUCUCGUGAUGCAUCAGUAGAUUGACUCCAGGGAGAAACUCUAUGAGUAUCUAGAUUGUGGGGAAAUCAUAAUUAGAAAUUUCCAUCUCAAGAGACACCAAAGAACUCACACAGAAGAAAAACCAUUUGAAUGUCCUGAUUAUGGGAAAGUCACAAUUCUAGCAUGGUGAUACACCCGAAGACUCACAUACGUUGAAUGCCCUGAUUGUUGGAAAACUUUCAGUUAUGAUUCCAAUUUGUGAAAUACUAGAGGAAUCAUAAUUGAGAAAAAACCCAUUCAAUAUCCUGACUGUGGGAAAAGUUUCAAUCGUAAUUCCCACCUGGUAAUACAUCAGAGGAUUCACUCCAUGGAGAAACCUUGUAAGUGUAGAGAUUGUGGGAAAAGUUUCAUUAGAAAUUCCCACCUCUUGAGACAUAAGACCACGCACACAGAAGAGGGACCCUUUGAAUGUCCUGAGUGUGAGAAAAGCUUUAGUGAUAAUUCCAACCUGGUGAAACACCAGAAGACUCACACAAGAGAGAAACCCUUUGAAUGUUCUGACUGUGGGAAAUGUUACAGUCAGAAUUCCCAACUGGUCAUACACCAGAGGACUCACACAGGAGAAAAACCCUUUGAAUGUCCUAUUUGUGGAAAAGGUUUUAGUGAUAAUUCCAACCUGGUGAAACACCAGUGGACUCACACAGGAGACAAACCCUUUAACUGUCCUGAUUGUGGGAGAGGUUUCAGUCAGAAUUCCCACCUGGUGACACAUCAGAGGAUUCACACAGGAGAGAAACCCUUUGAAUGUCCUGAUUGUGGGAAAUGUUUUAGUCAGAGUUCCAUCCUGGUGACACACCAGAGGACUCACACAGGAGAGAAACCCUUUCAAUGUCCUAUCUGUGGGAAAAGCUUUAGUCGGAAUUCCCACCUGGUGAUACACCAGAGGACUCACACAGGAGAGAAACCCUUUGAAUGUCCUAUCUGUGGGAAAAGCUUUAGUUAUAAUACCAAUCUGUUGUCACACCAGAUGACUCACACAAGAGAGAAACCCUUUGUAUGUCCUGAUUGUGGGAAACAUUUCAGUCAGAAUUCCAAUCUGGUGACACACCAGAGGACUCACACAAGCUUUAGUGCUGAUUCUAAUCUGGUGAGACACAAGAGGACUCACACAGGAGAGAAACCCUUUGAAUGUCCUGAUUGA